CAACAUGGCCUGACAUUAUUUAGUUUUCUUUUUUACUUUUUUUAUUAUAGCUUGACAUUGCAUUUAUUCGUCACCCCUGCUCUCCCAUACAUUUUUCAUUUUUACAACGAGCAACUCAAAAUACAAGGAUGUGUCCAGUUUCACUACAGCUCUCUGCAUUUACAAGUGUCGAGCGCUGGCUUUCGGAACGCCCUUCUGAUUGGCUGAGCCAAUGUCAGUGACAUCAACCAACUUACUUUUGAUUGGAAGCCUGGUUGCUGGGACUGUAGCGUUUGCAGGAAGUCACUUAACUGUUUGCGAGCUGGAAAACCGAACCAGAAGUUAUCUUUUGUAAUAAGAAGCAGCGCAGCAGACUAGGAAGGUGUAUCCCACAGCUCCGCAAGCUGGAACGGAGCCAGGAGGCCCGGACCAGCUACCAGACCGAGAGGCACUUUGGAAGAUGUACGGUUACUCCUUUCCAGCCUCCGGGCUGUUACCCUUUUAAAUGUAAGCGUUCGUGGCUGUAGGGGUAGCACGAGGCACCGAAACGGAACAGUCGGAUUGGCCGCACGCCCCAGUUCUAGACGCACCUCUCCACCGAAAGGCCGUUCUGACUGGCAGGGGGAGAAAGUAAACAGAGUUGAAUCACCCUCCCCACUGGCCAAUUGGAGGGGGUUUGGAGUGUGACGUGAUGGGAUUCUGCGAAAUUGUUACUGAGCAAGAGAAUGCCGGAACGGUGCGGACCGGCGAGAGCAGGGGCUCAGAAUCCGUCAGUGGGCUGGGGGAAAAGUGUCUCUUAGACGUGGCGGUUGGUCCAGCCCUUGCCACCCGUGUUAGGGUGGUCGGGUGAAUGUCUUGGGUCUUCGGCUAGACGGAGAGGCUGCCGAGGGCGUGUACCUCUCUUGCAGUUUCCUCUCCCAGCGCCUCGGGGGCGUAUUCAGUCGAAUAAACUUGCGACCGCCACGUGUGGCAUCUAUCCAAGGAAGCCGGCUCGGGGCGACGGGCGCGCCCGUCGUAGGGACCGCGCCGGGCGCGGGGCACUGGCGGCAGCGAGAGGCGGCAGCGCGAGGCGGCAGCGCGGCGAAGCCCGGGGCCGUGGUUGCUGCGUGCGGAGGCGCUGCUGGUUACGUAAAGAUGAGGGGCUGAGGUCGCCUCCGCGCUCCUGAGAGUCGGAAGCGCCCGCGCCCCCGCCCCCUUGGCCGCCGCGCCGCGCCGCUCGUCCGAGGCCAGGGUAGGGCGAGCCGAACCUCCGCAGCCACCGCCAAGUUUGGCCGCGCCGCCGGGGCUGCUGUCGCCCGCACCAUGUCCGCGGCCGCCUACAUGGAUUUCGUGGCUGCCCAGUGUCUGGUUUCCAUUUCGAACCGCGCUGCGGUGCCGGAGCAUGGGGGCGCUCCGGACGCCGAGCGGCUACGACUACCUGAGCGCGAGGUGACCAAGGAGCACGGUGACCCGGGGGACACCUGGAAGGAUUACUGCACGCUGGUCACCAUCGCCAAGAGCUUGUUGGACCUGAACAAGUACCGACCCAUCCAGAACCCCUCGGUGUGCAGCGACAGUCUGGAGAGUCCGGAUGAGGAUAUGGGAUCCGACAGCGACGUGACCACCGAAUCUGGGUCGAGUCCUUCCCACAGCCCGGAGGAGAGACAGGAUCCUGGCAGCGCGCCCAGCCCGCUCUCCCUCCUCCACCCUGGAGUGGCUGCGAAGGAGAAACACGCCUCCGAAAAGAGGCACAAGUGCCCCUACAGUGGCUGUGGGAAAGUCUAUGGAAAAUCCUCCCAUCUCAAAGCCCAUUACAGAGUGCAUACAGGUGAACGGCCCUUUCCCUGUACGUGGCCAGACUGCCUUAAAAAGUUCUCCCGCUCAGACGAGCUGACCCGUCACUACCGGACCCACACUGGGGAAAAGCAGUUCCGUUGUCCGCUCUGUGAGAAGCGCUUCAUGAGGAGUGACCACCUCACAAAGCACGCCCGGCGUCACACCGAGUUCCACCCCAGUAUGAUCAAGCGAUCCAAAAAGGCACCGGCCAACCCUUUGUGAGGUGCUACCCACGGAAGCCAGGGAGGGACGGACCCCGGAAAGACAAAACUACUCCCAGCAAACAGACAGACAUGUGGAAACUGAGCCCCAGAAGAGGCACGCUGCCAGCACCGGAAGUCAGUUUUUUUGGUCAAUAUUCUAAUUUUCCUCUCCCUGCAUUGUUUUUAAAAAGCACAUUGUAGCCUGAGAUCAAAGUCCACAUUUGGUCCCCUUGUAGAGGCAACCAUGAACUUUGACUUUUGGAGGGAAGGCAAAUGCUGUUGUUUUUUUUUUCUCCUUUAUUAUUAUUAUUUUUUUUGGUGGGGGUGGGGUGGGUAAUGGGUGGGGAUAAGGGGCUAAGCCAAGACUGGGGUAGAAUUUUAAAGAUUCAACACUGGUGUACAUAUGUCUGACUGGGUGAGUUGACCUGUGGGGUCACACAGUCAUUCUGGGCCCUUUCUGCUUGCUGUCUCUCAGAAUUGUUUUCGUACCUUUUAAUGUAAUGACGAGUGUGCUUUGGUUUCUUUAGCAAAACCACUCUUUUGAAUCACGUCAACUUGUGAAAUUAAAAAAACAAAACACAACACGCCAUAGCACAGCUGUCUUUAUGCAAGCAAGAGCACACCUACUCCAGCAUGAUCUGUCAUCUAAAGACUUGAAAACACAAAAAGUUACUUAUAGUCAAUGGAUAAGCAGUCUGAAUUUAUACUAAUCAAGACAAACCUGUGAAAGGUUACACUAAGUACAGAACUUUUAAACCUUGCUUUGUAUGAAUUGUACUUUUUGAACAUAAGCUGCACUUUUAUUUUCCAAUGCAGAGGAUUAAUAAGUUAAAUACAUGCUUUAAGGAUAGAAGCAGACGUUCUGUUUGGAACCACGUUAUAAUCGGCUUAUUUUACAGUAUACACAUUUCCCUAAGAAAUCAUGGCAGAGAUGUAAGGGCAGUAUAUAUACAAUAGAUGCUGAAGGAGAAGGAGGGUAGUUUUUCUUUGUUUUGUUUUUUGUUGUUAUUGUUCUCUAAUUUAAAAAAACAAACAGAAUUUUAACUCUCUUAACUUUUCCAAAUUUUCUGAUCUUUUUAGUUAACGUCACCUUAUUGUACUAUAAUGCCACAGAGGGAGAGGGCUUUGACUCUGUUGGGUUUUAUUUGAAUGGGUGCAUAACAGUAACUAGCUCUGGAAACACCUGUUUUUUUUGCGGGGGGCGGGGUAAGAAAGGGAAGGCUUGUUGGUCUCCUUUCCAUGUUCCUACAAAACUCCCACCAGCAGGUGUGAGAGUUAUGUAAAAGAAAAAUAUACCCCUAUGAGUAGUGAGUGCCAAGGGAAAAUACCACGAUGAUUUCAGAGGAGACCGCAAACUCAUCCCUUUUGGAGAACGAAGGCACGUGGAAUACGUACAAAUGAAAAUACAUCACUGUAUCUUUUACAUCAGAAGCCUCACCACUAUAUAUCUUGUAUCCAGGUGUCUACAAUGGCCUAAACCACUACAUCCAUAAUAUGCCAUUUACCUGAAAACUUAAUUUUGGCCUUUACGUGGUCAAAAAAAUGAACUGAGUUUUCAUAGUUAAGACGUAACCUCACAUAGGGGAGUCAGCAGUGAUCGUGGGGGAAAUGUUUACAUUUUUUUUCUUCGGAAAUAAUGCUUUCUGACAAUUUUGUCUGAUAGUUAAAACAGGGAGCUCUGGUGCACUCUAGUUUACACAUGUGCUAUAAGAUGUGUGGUGUAAGGCCAGGGUGCCCUCCCUAUCAGUGAACUCGUUAUUUCACCUGAUACAUACUUAUUUCCAGUUCAGAACCAGUGUGGGCUCCUGCAGCAGGCAUGGGUCACAGCUGACUCCUACUCCCAAUACAAUAGCCAUCACUAGCACGGUGUUUUUUGUUUUUUUGGGGUUUUUUUGUUUGUUUGUUUAACCAACAUAGUUGUAUUAGUAGUUCUAUAAAGAGAACUGCUUUUAACAUUAGGGACUGAGAGCAGUCCAUGGGAUAAAAAGGAAAGUGUUUUCUCACGGGAAAACAUGUCAGGAAAAAUAAAGAACACUUUCUACCUCUGUUUCAGAUUUUUGAAACGCUUAUUUUAAACCAAAUUUUAAUUUCUGUGUCCAAAAUAAGUUUUAAGGACAUCUGUUCUUCCAUAUGAAAUAGGUUAGGCUGCCUAUUUCUUACUGAACUCAUGGAAUGGUUCUGCUUGUGAUCCUCUGCACGCUGCCUUUUAGUGAGUGAAGAGUUUGGGGUUGCCUAGCAACUCACUAACUUGUACAAACUCAUCUUUCCCUCACAGAAAGAAACGAAGGAAAACCAAGCAAAGUCAGUGAAAGACAAUCUUUGUAGUUUCAGGAGUAAAUCUGUACGUGGCUUGUGUCCAGCACUUAGAUGGAUGUAAAUGCAGCAACUUGUUUUAAAAAGAAAAAAAAAAUGCACAAUUUACUUCCCAAAAAAAGUUGCUACUUGCCUUUUCAAGUUGUUGACGAACACACAUUUGAUAUUCUCUCAUAUGUUAUAGUAAUGUAACGUAUAAACUCAAGGCUUUUUAUUCUUUGUGAUAAAUCCUGUUUUAAAAUGUCACAAAACAGGAACCAGCAUUCUAAUUAGAUUUACUAUAUCAAAUAUGGUUCAACGAGGACUACUAGAGUUCAUUGAACACUAAAACUAUGAAACAAUUACUUUUUAUAUUAAAAAGACCAUGGAUUUAACUUAUAAAAAUCCAAAUGCAGGAUAGUAAUUUUUGUUUACUUUUUUAACCAAACUGAAUUUUUUGAAAGACUAUUGCAGGUGUUUAAAAAGAAAGAAAAGUUGUUUUAUCUAAUACUGUAAGUAGUUGUCAUAUUCUGGAAAAUUUAAUAGUUUUAGAGUUAAGAUAACUCCUCUCCUUGGUUAGGGAAGAAGAAAGCCCUUCACCACUGUGGAAUGAUGCCCUGGCUUUAAGGUCUAUCUCUACAUCAUGCUUCUUUUGAGAUUUCUAUUUGGUAGUUAUAAUUACAGAAACUGAUUAGUGGUAAGUUUGCAGAUAGAUUUAGCACAGUAAUCAUCACUCUGGAUAGACUGCGAUGUUCUUUCACAACAGAUGAUCUGUAACACUGUAAGAUACUGAUCUUUACAACUGUUUAAUCAGUUUUAUUUUUGUGCAGUAUUAGUGACCUAAGUUAUUUUGCUGUCCCGUUUUUGUAAAUCAAAUGAAAUUAUAAUAGAGGAUUCUGACAGUAGGUAUUUUGUACAUAUGUAUAUAUGUUGUCCAAAUAAAAAUAAUAAAUGAUACAAGAUUUAA